ACAAAGAGAUGGAGUAUCUCUUGAAAAUAAGUCAAAAAUAAAAUAAAAUCCAAAGUUGCAAGUAUUCAAAGAAUCAAAUUGUACGGAUGUGACGAAGCCUCGAAAUCGAAAUAAGCUAUCCAAAGUGUUUGAGUGGAUCACAAAAUCCCAACGCUGUCGAAAACUCGAAUCUUUCCAUUAACAGCUUAACACCAUCAAUAUUCAGCUUCACACACAGCUCGAAUUUCAAUGGUGUCAUCCGCGACGGCGCCCUUCGCUAAUGGCGGAGUCCUCUUAUCAUCAGCACCUCGAUUAUCUGCCGCUAAUUCUCAUUCCUCUGCUGCUUUCAACUGCCCGCUCUCUUCUAGGUGGGGACUGCAAAGAGAGCAAAAUGUGCGGUUGUUUCCUCGAAGAAUAACGGGUCAAGCGAUUCGUGUCUUGGCAAAUCCAAAUGCAUCUUCAGGGAAAGGAAAAGCGAAAAAAGAAGUAGUUAUGGUCGAUCCUUUGGAAGCCAAAAGAUUAGCAACCAAACAGAUGGAAUUAAUUAAAGCAAAAGAAAAAUUCAAAAGAAGGCGACAAAUUGAAGCUAUUAAUGGUGCGUGGGCAAUGGUCGGUCUCACGGCAGGAUUGGUCAUCGAAGGUCACACGGGGAAAAGCAUUCUAGCUCAGCUAAGCGGAUACUGGGAUGCUGUCGUCGGUUUGAUUGUCAGAUAGGCUUGAUGAUACUGCUGAUAUAUUAUGAUCAUUACAGAUUGUUUCAUUGGAAAAAUUGUGCACAUGUAUACAUCAAUGUUUUUUGCUCCAUUUUUUCUAUAGUUGCUGUGAAUGAGAUGUAAUGACUGUUUCAGAUCCUUGAAAAAUUGAAAGAUUCUGGAAAGUUUGAAUGAAUCUUGAUUCUUGAUCAA